AUGAGUUCCUCCGGCUCCGACGACGACGGCGGCCCGAAGCUCCCUAACGACGUCGCCGUUGAGAUCCUGAAGCGGUUGCCGGCGAGAUCUCUCUUCCGGUUCAGGUGUGUCUGCCGGUCAUGGCGUUCCACCAUCGACGACUCUCGUUUCGUGGCCCUCCACUGGAGCCACUCCGCUCUCGACACCUCCAGCCGGUAUCUCGUGUGUCUAGACCUUGGCGACGAUGCUGUCCAGAGCCCGUGCUCUCUGUUUCUCAACGAGUCUCUCACCCUGCCUCCUUCCCCGCGCGAAUCGAAAUCCCGUUUGCUGCUCCCAGCGACCGUUACGGCUUCGUCGGUUCGUGUAAUGGUGUUCGCCGUUGGAGCUUCUGGAACAGAAAGCGUCGCGACAGAAAGCCUCGAGUCAAGAUUUACUCACUCAGUACAGAUUCCUGGAGAACUGUGGAAUGUGAGGUCCCGGCUCUCUCCUACAGUAAUAGAGCGGUCUUCUUGA